CUUCCCGUCUCAUGCAAGAGAGAGAAAACAGAAAAUUAAAAAAAAGAAAACUAAAAAGUUUUUAAGAAUUACCAAAAAAAAAAGAAGAAGAAGAAAUCAGCCUCUUCUUCAUCACGCGUUUGCCAUCUUCUUCCUCCUCUUGGGAUCCUUCAUUUUCUUUCCUCUCUGUAUUUGCAGGGAAAUUCACAUUCCUUCCCUUUUCCUUUCCCUCCAACUUUUGUUUAUCUGUGUUUCAAAUUCUGUUAUCUAUGUCACAGAUCCAUGGAAGACCUUUAUUCUCUGUUAAUUUUUCUCUGUUUCUAGAUCCGUAGCAACCCAGUGUACCUCACCUCGAGUAAUCUAUCCCCACCUGCUCAAAUCCUCGUUGUCCGAUCAGAAACAGGUAGAUCUCCCGGUUCAACUUGGUCAAUAUCCACCAUGAAGACCACAUCCCGGUUGUUUACGAUCGGUCUAGUGGGCUCUUGGUAUUCCUCAAAUAUCGGGGUUCUGUUACUGAACAAGUACUUGCUAAGCAAUUAUGGGUUCAAGUACCCGAUCUUCUUGACCAUGUGUCAUAUGACUGCUUGUAGUUUGCUUAGCUAUGUCGCCAUUGUUUGGAUGAAGAUGGUACCUAUGCAGACAAUUCGCUCUCGACUUCAAUUCUUCAAGAUCUCCGCUCUGAGUCUCGUCUUCUGUGUGUCGGUCGUGUUUGGUAACAUUUCCUUGAGGUUUCUCCCCGUCUCAUUCAAUCAGGCGGUUGGUGCUACAACGCCUUUUUUCACUGCGGUUUUUGCUUAUUUGAUGACCCUGAAGAGGGAGGCUUGGCUUACUUAUGUCACCUUGAUCCCCGUCGUUACUGGAGUAAUUAUUGCCAGUGGGGGUGAACCGAGUUUUCAUCUAUUUGGGUUUAUAAUGUGUGUUGCUGCUACAGCUGCAAGAGCACUCAAAUCAGUGCUGCAAGGGAUUUUGCUUUCUUCUGAGGGGGAGAAGCUGAAUUCUAUGAACCUCCUUCUGUACAUGGCACCUAUAGCCGUUGUCUUUUUACUCCCUGCAACUCUUAUUAUGGAAGAUAAUGUGGUUGGUAUUACACUGGCUCUUGCCAGAGAUGAUAUCAAGAUUGUCUGGUACCUACUGUUCAAUUCGGCUCUAGCAUAUUUUGUAAAUUUGACCAACUUUUUGGUCACAAAACACACCAGUGCCCUGACUUUGCAGGUUCUAGGAAAUGCGAAAGGGGCAGUGGCUGUUGUGGUUUCAAUUUUAAUUUUCAGAAAUCCAGUUUCUGUUACUGGAAUGCUUGGUUACACACUUACAGUCUUUGGAGUCAUCCUCUAUAGCGAAGCCAAGAAGAGGAGCAAAUGAUGCAUAAAUCUGGAAAAUCAAGUGCAAUUUCUCCACAUAUAUGUUGUUCCAUCAGUGCCUGGAUUGUAGCAAGCUUCUAAGGAAGGGAGUUUGAGCUAUGAAUGGUGCUAUGGAUUUUGCCCUCUACAUCCCUUUUUUUUUUUGUUACAGUGAAACCUGGAGAUUGGUUUCCAUUUGUAUCAGCAACAAGUUCAGGAUUAACAAGAAGUAGAAAACUCAAAUAAGAGACUGAUUUAUCCCUAUUAGUCCCAGAUACGGGUUGUAGAGGAAUAUCAUUUCAUCUUUCCUUUAUUUUCCCUUUUUUAUCUUGGUUAAUUCUUUCAGGAAAAAGAUUGUAGAAUGGCUCCCUACAGAAUCAGCUUGUUCUUGAUAUUUGUCAUAUUGAUUAAUUAAUGAAAAAACCGCCCAAAUUUUUACUGUCA